AAUAGUCUGUCUGUUGGCCUAAAACAAACGGAACACGUGUAACACAUCACGCCAUCGUAGCCAUCUUCGUGAAGUGCGCCAUGUCUCAGCUCAUCUUCAGAUUCCCGAAAUUACCAGCCAUUUUGGCUUCCCUUACUCUAAUUGGCGCUACUCCUGCUCACAGAACAGCUUCGAUAAGGACAACGCGGACACCGUGUUCCAUGAUGCCCUCCAAUUCAUCACCUUCCCUUUUGACUCAUUCCAUCACUCUCCCGUGUCAACUCAACCAACCCGUCCACGUUGUCGCUGCUCCUGGCCUCUCUGAAACCGAGUUCAGGAGUGCUUUAGAUUCAAAUUUGUUCAAUCAAUGGUUGAAGAACUUGCAAGGCCAAACUGGGAUUUUGGCCGGUGGUGAUAUGCUUCUUAAACAAGUUCUCAUUCAGGGAGUGGAUAUGUUUGGGAAGCGGAUUGGUUUUCUGAAAUUUAGGGCAGAUAUUUUCAAUAAAGCGACAGGAAAAAAGGUUCCAGGUAUAGUAUUCGCACGAGGACCAGCUGUGGCAGUGCUGAUUCUUUUGGACUCAGAAGGUGAGACUUACGCUAUUCUUACUGAACAGGUUAGGGUUCCCACUGGGCGUCUAAUUUUGGAAUUGCCUGCUGGGAUGCUGGAUGAUGACAAGGGUGAUUUUGUUGGCACAGCAAUUCGGGAGGUUGAAGAAGAGGUUGGUAUUAACUUAAAUAUGGAAGACGUGGUUGACCUCACUGCCUUCCUGGAUCCAUCUACAGGAGGCAGGGUUUUUCCAUCUCCAGGAGGUUGCGACGAAGAAAUAAGCUUGUUUCUGUACAGGGGAAGUGUUGGAAAAGAAGUCAUCACGCAACUGCAAGGAAAAGAAACAGGUCUUCGCGAGCAUGGUGAGCUGAUUAAGGUUUGUGUGGUUCCCUACCGGAAGCUCUGGCAAAUCACCCCUGAUGCAAAGGUAUUGACAGCUAUCGCACUCUAUGAGAUGGCCCAAAGAGAAGGUCUCUUGCCAGUCAACCUUAUCUCCAAAUCUAAUCCUAAGGGUUAAUAAAACUGGUGGAAUAUUAAACUUCUAAGGGGAAGGUUUGGACUCGAAUCUCUAUCAAACUUGUGGAAUCUUAACUUAUCUGAUGCAGUGACAGUGAUUGUAGGUCUGUUUACUGUAUUCUAGAUUUAUCUAUCUAAUAAAAACCGGGGCCCUGUUAGCAAAAAAAAAAAACCGUAUCUCCAAAUCCUUUUAGCCACUUAGACAUUUUUUUUUUUGGUUGUCUGUUUAGGUAUUUAUCAUGUAAGCUGUCUGGAUGGUAUGGCACCAUUUUUUGGCAUUUUUUUUUUUUUUUGACUCUUAGUAAUUUAUCUUUUAGAUUUGUGAGCAAUGUUACCUGCAACCUAACAAGGUUACUGAGAAAAAAAAUAAUCAGUUUGAGAA